UCACAUCAUUCCUUCUCUCCACAUAAUGUCUUCUAUUACAGUAUUCUCUGUUAUUCUUAUUUUAACCAUCUUUCCUUUGGUUUUCACUUCCGGUCACUUGCGUCUAGAGUUUACGUCUUCUGAGAAUAAGUUCUUAAGACUUAUCACAGAUUAUAGUAACGAGACUUUACAAUUGACAAUGGGAGAAAAGAAAACUUCAAGUUUUCAUCCAACAAACGAGCAAGAUACUAUCAGAAUUGGCUUGUCAACUCUAAAUCGUGAUCCUGUUUUCUACAAGUUCAAACUUGAAAAUACUGGACAGCAUCUCCGAAACAUUUUCGACCAAGAUGAUGUUGUCGUGUUCAUCCAGUCAGUUUUUGAGUGCGACGAAGGAUUUUUCGGAUCGAAAUGCCUACUCAAAAAAGCUCCAAGCACUUCGACGAUUGCUUCUAAAAUGACUUCAACAACUACAAUGACAACUACAACAACAACAAUCACUACUUCAACGGAAUCUGAAAAACAAGCAUCAUCGAAAGGAGCUGGUUUAUCAAUGGGUCUUGAACAUUAUAACAGCAUCAUCAUCGUUGUGCUAGUGAUCAUCAUCAUAACACUUCUCAUUCUAAUUGCCGUUUUCGCUGUUCUCCUCUUUUCGUCUCGCUCACAAAAUCAACACAUCAUUAUUGCUGGCAGAAAAUCCGCAUCUAAAUGCAAGAAACUUGACUUUGAGGGAUUCGAAGGAAAGAGUUUUGAACGUUCAAAUGAUUUUCAAUAUGAGGAGCCACGUUACACAGCAGCACCAUUUGGAUCAUUUUUCAGCAAGCAAUCGGAAUAUUAGAAUGGCAAUUUUUACGUUCAAAUUUUUAAAUGUUUCAAUUUUUAUUUUGACAACUUACUUUGUAAUUAUUAAUGAUUUCUUGUUUAAUAAAUUGAUUUGAGCCUAA